AUGGUAUUGAACUGGACAAACUUGUUCAUUUUCACCGUUUUCCACUUUGUCAAUGGUCUACCUUCUCUAGAAACUCGUCAAGUCACUCCAUCGCUUCCCACGGGGUGGACGUCUAUUGGGUGUUACAGUGACACUAGCUCUGCUCGAACAUUGCGAGUGGCAGCAUAUACAGAUGUAACUGGCAUGACUAUUGAGUCGUGUAUAGCCUUUUGUACUCCUGCUGGAUAUAAGUACGCAGGUGUUGAAUUUGCCAGGGAAUGCUAUUGUGACAAUGUUAUAGAAUCACCGGGCGCACUUAUCUCCGAUGACACUUGCAAUAUGACUUGCACUGGCGAUGCCGAUGAAAUAUGCGGUGGUCCUGGUGGAUUAAACAUUUUCAUCAACUCCAAUCCGACCACUGAUCCUUCGGAGCCACCUCCUGCAAGUGGUGUGAUUAAACCAUCUGCUGGGGUGUUCCAGUACAAGGGUUGUUUCCAGGACGGUGUCAAUGGAGCGCCACGGUCUCUUCGCAAUCAACUCUCAAUAGUAGCAGGUGUAACCGCUGAGACAUGUACCUCCGCCUGCAAAGCUGCAGGAUAUGCUCUUGCUGGAUUGGAAUUCGGUCAGGAAUGCUGGUGCGACAAUUACAUGCCAUUGGCCGUAAAUACCCCAGAUUCUGACUGCAACAUGGUCUGUGUCGCCGAUAACACUGAAUUAUGCGGUGCUGGAAAUCGAUUAGCUGUCUAUCAAGAUACAAGUCUUGGUAGCGUCAAUUUCCAGCAAUGUUUGACCGACUCAGAUUUGCACACCUCGGACAGCUUCCCAUUCAUCAUGUUUGCUGUUCCCAAUUCUGGUGGAGAUCCGGUUCAGGUAGGGACGAUUGAAGUAGUUCCCCAACAAGUGGGACAACCAACGUUUUUCACGCUUUCGACUCUAGCAGAAGCCUUGCGCGAGUCACAUACGUUCAGACUGUCUGGAGGAUCCCUCCUCCCAGCACAAUGGAACGGCGAGGGUCUUCCAUUACCCAUUGGCCCGACCUUGGGUCAAGUGCAAAAAUUCCAGGCCUUCUCGACUGAUCCACCAUACCGUGGUUAUUGCGCCAUGUACAACCCUGUGUCCUCUUUUGGGCCCUUUAUUGGACCCCCUGUCCUCGGUGUUGACCAGAGGUCGGACCUUUGGAGCAUAUGUGGGACGGGAAUCGUAUACACCAACCCAGACAGUCUUUGCCAACAGGUAGUGCUCGAGAUGGUUCAACCCGUAGUAUAA